CGUUGUCGGUUGUCCGUUGACGGUUGAAUAAUAAAAUUUUGUAUUUGCGUUUCAAAACAUUGUAAUUAUUCUGAUUGUUUUUACAUUCUUUUUAAGCGUGAUAAAGUGUUUGUUGUGACUGUAGGUCCGAAAUUUUACAUGUGCAAUGAUGGUGGAAAAUCAUAUAACAUCAACACCGAUCAAUUUGCCACGGCGUAGUAUUGGCGGGAGCAGCAGCAGCUCCAUUCGAAGGCGAAGUUUAAUUCCGCGAGUCGCUAAUAUUAGAAAUGAUGCCUGUAACGAUGAUGAGGCAGAACGUUCAUCUCUGCUGGCCUCAGAGCGAGCAGUUGCGACCUCCACACCACAGUCUCCGCGUCGCGGCAGAGACUCUGCAUCAUUGUCGUCAUCCCCACAGAAGGAGCACUAUCAAGGCUGCCUAAAGCUUUAUGCUGAAAAUAAAAUCACCAAAGAUAAUGCAUGGAACCUGCAGCUCAUAGACUUCAUGUCGUCCAUGGUGCGGAGACAUGACGCUCGCAUGGAAAACUUCCAAACAGCGUCCACGGUGCUGGACGCCACUGCGCGGAUAUACUCAUUUAGAGUGGAUGCAGUGCACUGGGAUGUGCUGAAAAUAGCAGGUGGCCUGAGCAAAGCGGCACAGACGAAAAGAGGCAAGAAAGAUGACGAAAACGUGCAAGACGACGCACCGGCGGACGGUGCUGAGGCCGCGGCUCCAAAAAAGAAGAAAAAGAGGUCUAAAGGUGCCAUAGCGACCAACCCUGAAGUGCUUAAUGGAGAUUUUGAUGCUAACGAGGCUGUGGAUCCAUUCUUCGAAAGGUUGGCAGCUACUGGGGGUGAGAUAACGUCUUCAAACAGAGCGUUCAACGCGACUUUGCCUAUACACGACAAAACAUUAGCACUGAUUUUAAGGACAGAUGAUCAAUUUCUGGAGCCUAUCAAAGAGAAUGUACCAGAGAACAUAUCGCUCACCGACAGAAUAACUCUAGCUGCCAAGUUGCUGCCGGAGUUCAAUGUGGAGGAUCAGAUCUGCGAGCCUUUCACCGGCUUCUGUAUUAGCAAUUGGGACCCUGAUACUGAGGACAACGAGCGCGUCACGAACUGGGUGGAGGAGAACAACCGGCUGAACCUGUCGCAGCAGGCGCUCGCCUUCGACGUCAACGCUGAUGUCGAGCCCAUCCCACUCGAGGAUGCGCACAACGAUCUAUAUGACGAUGAGCCGCUGGGGGGCAUCUCUAGUGACGAGGAGGCGGACGUGGCGGUGGCGGCGUGCGUGGCGCGGCUGCCGGCGGAGCCCCCCGCGCGCCUCACCGACAUGCGGCCCAGCGCGCCGGGCCACUCGCGCCUCGAGUACAGCUACUGCGCCGCCAUCGUCGCCGCCUGGGCCGGGCCCUCGCACUGGCGCCUCAAGAACAAUAGAGCAUCGAAGCUGUCCGAGCGCACACAGUCGACGGCGGCGGGCCGCUCGACGGUGGAGGGCAAGCGGCCGGCGCGCACGAAGAAGCAGUUGGACUUCAUGGGCGCGGGGCUGGCGUUCGACGCGCGCACCAACAACGUGCCCGACUACGAGCCCGCGCAGCCCGCCAAGAUCGCCAUCAGCAAGAAGACCCUCAACACUGGCCACACGUGGAACGAGGCCAACUACAAGACUCCUGUGGACCGAGGCCUGGACGAGACACACUUCCGCAAGCUGUUCCUGCGGCGCAGCGUGCUGCUGAGCCGCGAGCGCGACGAGCAGCCGGCCGAGCGCAGCGCCGAGCCGCUCACCGUGGAGGAGAGCAAGGAGUACGACUACAACAACGAGAACGACGCGUCCUACUGCCCCAACCACGUGAUGGAUGCAGACGAUUGGUGCAACGAAGACGGCGCGGCGGCGGGCGACUUGCACGAGCAGGCCAAGUCGGCGGAGCUGGAGGAGAUCGGCGACAUGUUGGAACCUCCCACUAAGGUUGCAAAAAUCUUCAUACCGUACGCAAUGCGAGCGAAGAAGGUAGACAUGAAAUUAUUGAAACUCACCACGUGGAAAAUGCUCACGGAGCACACUCCGUUGGGACAAAAAGAAGAUGUCACACCAACCACAUUCGCUACCAUCUAUAACCGAUUGCCGAACAAACUGUCUCCAAGUAUGAGGGAGGCGCUUAGUGUGCCACUAGCUUUAUUAUCUAUACUCCAUACGGCCAAUGAAAAGGGCCUCAUACUGGAGAAAAGGGACGACCUCAAGGACUUCGACAUUUUGGGUUUAAUUAAGAAUUAAUUCCAUUGUCUAUAUAUAGUCUGGCAAGGUCGUUGAUAACUCUCCCAUGAUAUGCGGGCGACGGGGGGAAAGACGUGACGUGCAUCAGUCGUGGGUUUUUCAUUCAUCGUUACACGCCCCCCGACCCGCGCGCAACAUCGGGAGUGUUACGAACGAAGUUGCCAAGCUUCAUGUUUUAACAUUUUAAAAAUAUAAGUACAUUAAUUAAUAUUAUUAAAUUCAUUAAUAUAUGAUUAUUUUGAUGCAUUUUUUUUUUUGAAAACACCAGUUGCCAUUUAACUAUACUUUGUUUAUAUAUGCUGGACAUGUUUCGUCUUGUAAAUAUUUUAACGUAUGUUUUUUUUUAUAUUAGUGAAAGAUAUUCUGUAGUGACAUCACAUUUUGCAUGACACCAAUGAUUUUAUGCUAUUAGAUAUGUUACGUGCCUACAAAAUCCGCAGCUAAGUGUUCCAAAUUCAGCCACUCUACUGGGCGCACACAUGCACAAUUUUGUGUUAACUUACAUUAUAUAUUUAGGUAUAUUUAUAGUUUUUACACUUCGUGCCCCUGUAGCCAAGUAGCACGUCGAUUCUCUUUCUACGAUCGCAAACGCUUCGAAAUGUAGAAAAAUGUAUGGGAAUGACAUUUGCUAUCGACAGGUCACGUGAUCAAGAUCUGUCAUUCUAAUACAUUUUUCUAGUUUUCGAAGCGUUUGCGAUCGUAGAAAGAGAAUCGACGUAUCACUUGGCUACAGGGGCUACACAACUCGGCAUUGUAGAUAACUUUGAUUGUUUACUAUAACAUUAAAUUAAAUGAAGCUAAUUAGAUGACUUUGGUGACGCUAGUGCCAUAUCUAAUAGUAUAUAAUCAUUGCAUGACAUCGAAUAUAUUCGACAGUGUACAGAUUAUUUUUAGGGAUUUAUUUUUGUAUACCUACGUACUUUAUUAAUGAUAAUUAUCGAUAAUAAAUAAAUGAUUUUAUGGAGA